UUCUACUGUUGACUUUCAGGCUGGACAUCAGUUUUAUGAAAUCAACUUUAAAGAAAUGGUUCAGAAAAAUUUGAUAUGCCAAACCAAAAGAAAAAUAUGUAGGAGGCCAAAAUUUGUAUCUGCUGAAGAAGUGGACAAAUUAAGGAAAUGCAAUCAGGCAGAGGGGAGCCGGCCAGCAGGGUGCUUUCACUUUUGCAGUCCCUCCCUCCUGGGACAAAUCAGCUGUGCCAGAUGUUGGCUAUAAGCAUGUGAUGCUCAAUGAAACCUCUAAAGAAUUCAAUGAUGUCAAGAGCCAAUUUAAAAAGACAAUGACAGGUUUCAUCAUUCAAUGUAUCCAAAGGAUUCAGAAUUUGGCCCUUUGGCAAGUCUUCCAGUGGCAGAAGGAGCAGAUGAAAAAGGUGAAUGGAGGGAAGGAUGUGGAUGAAAGAUAUCUAUUUCAUGGAACAAAAUACAUCCACUUGAAUGACAUCUGCAGUCAUAAUUUUGAUUGGAGGAUCUGUGGGACCCAUGCAACAGUUUAUGGCAAAGGAAGUUACUUUGCAAGAGAUGCAAGUUAUUCGCAUAAUUACUCUGAGUCAGAGACCAAUGUCAAAAUAAUGUUCCUGGCUCCGGUUCUGAUUGGAGUUUUCACUCAAGGAGAUUCAAAUUAUGUCCGGCUACCAAUGCCACAGGGUACCCAGAAUACCUUCUAUGAUAGCUGUGUCAAUAACAGAUUGGAUCCCACCAUAUUUGUGAUUUUUGAGAAGCAUCAGAUUUACCCAGAGUAUGUCAUAGAGUAUGCUGGGAAGAGUAAACAGUGCACCAUUAGUUAAGGCAAAAGAAUUCACUGUUUCCUCAAUUGAAUCCCUCCCCCCUUUUUGUGAAUAAUAGCAAAGUAGCUUUUCUACUGUCCUGUUUUUAAGGAAAGCAGUAAGUGAUCAUGUAGGAGAGCAAUUACUCAAAGAUGACUUGUAAAUGCCUUUUGUAGCAGAUG